CCCUGCUCCUCGACCAUCUGCUCCAAAAAGCCAAAAGGUUUGGAUUUUCUGCAGCGGUCUGUGAUGGUUGGGAGAUGCCGCGGCUCUUGGUGCUCUGCGUGUUUGUAGCCAUCUUCAGCUACGUUUCUGUUUCUAUAGAGGUUUGCACCAGCUCCUUGAUACCAGGAGCUAAAGGGGACCAAGGUGGGAUUGGAGAUGAUGGAGAUCAGGGGAAACUGGGGAAGAAUGGACCACCAGGACUUCCAGGAGUGCCGGGGGAGUCGGGCCUUAAAGGAGAAUUGGGCCACACAGGAAAGAUUGGGCCUACUGGAGACAGAGGUGACAAGGGUGAUAAAGGUGUAGAUGGACCAGCUGGUUUAAAAGGGAAACCAGGUACAAUGUGUGACUGUGGGAGGUACAGGAAGGUGGUUGGACAGCUCGAUAUCAAUGUAGGCAAGCUGGGGAAUGCAGUCAAGUUUGUGAAGAACGUGGUUCUAGGCUUGAGAGAAACAGAAGAGAGGUACUACCUGCUGGUGAAGGAGCCCAAGAGGUUUAGAGAGGCUUCAAUGAACUGCAAGCUCAGAGGAGGCAACCUGGCCAUGCCUAAAAGCACCAACAUCAACCGUCUCAUGGCAGACUAUGUUAGUCAGGCAGGACUGACAAGAGUGUAUAUAGGAGUGCAGACUCAAACCAAGGGCAUGGACGGGAGCAGUCACGUUUAUGCAGACUCCACCCCUCUGCAGGGUUUUGCAUCUUGGAGCCAAGAGGAGGAGCUACAGCCCAACACAAACUCCAGCUGCGUGGAGCUGCUCAGCACUGGAACGUGGGCUCACGUGGAGUGUGAAGCCACCAUGUUUUUCAUCUGUGAGUUCCCGAAGAGCAGGAGAAGAAGAGGAGGAAGAGAGGCAGUUGCCUCGUCAUCAUCUUGACCUUGACCACUCACUGCACAUGUCAAGACAAGGAUCAGACUCCUGAAAAAAACAUUUAUAUUUCACAUUUCCUGCAAAUAUGCAGACAAUUUCAGUGAUUGAGACUACUGUGUUUGCAUAUUUCACUAAGAACCAUUACCACCAACAAAUCAGUAAAAUUGUUCUAAAAUUAACUAAAA